UGUUCAGUGUUCAGUCAGUGAUCUGUGGUCAUACUCGUGUGUGCUCGGCUGUUUACAGUGGCUGGUUUGGUUCACUGAUGAUGAUGAUGAUGAUGAUGAAGGGUCGCGCGCUGCUGGCGGUGUGUGUGGCGCUCGUCGCCGCUCUCGGUGGCUCUCUGUCGGUUCCGCCGCAUGAGGAGGUGGCUCGUAUGGCCCGGUUCGUGGUCAAUAAGUGCGACUGGGCUUCGAUGGCCACGAUCUCCACUCACGAUCCGGUCCGAGGACAGCCGUUCUCCAACGCCUUCUCCAUCAGCGACGGGCCCGUGGGCAACGGAACCGGAACCCCGUACCUGUACCUCACACACCUGGAGAUCUCGGUGCAGGACCUGCAGGUGAAUCCCCAGUCAUCUCUGUCCGUGUCUCUGGCUCAGACCAGUUACUGUAAGAAUCAUGGAUUUGAUCCUCAGAGUCCGCUGUGUGCUCACAUCAUCCUGUCGGGCUCUGUGGUGGAGGUGAAUGGCAGUGAGGCAUCGGUGGCUAAAGCCGCUCUGUUCAGUAGACACCCAGAGAUGAUUGAUUGGCCAACUGACCAUAACUGGUUCUUCGCCAAGAUGAACAUCACACAGGUCUGGGUGCUCGAUUACUUCGGCGGAGUGAAAACCGUCACACCGGAGGAGUAUUACCGAGCCACUCCGUACCAGAAACACAGUGGAAGUGACACGCUGUGAUCCUGGUAAACCGGAGCAGAAUCACUGAAGGAGUGUUUCAGAAGAGACUUGGUUUUAUCAAUGUUUCUCAGGUUGAUUCUGUUUGAACUGUGUUUGUCUGUGAGAGAUGUAUUAAUCACAUGUUGUUAAUUUCUCCAUAACAUUAAUUCUUUUGUAAGCAUUUUGUAAAAUGCUCCUGAAUGAUUUUUGCAGUUUGCACAAGUGCCUUCAUUUAACCCUUUGCAGAUUCACACCAAAGGCAGAUUGAAAUGUAAAGAAAGCCUUGUGUGAUUCAUCGGUCACUCAUAGGUGUCCUUACCCCUGACCUUUGACCCCUUCUGACCCCUGUAGCAGGAAAUGUGAACGUCACAACAAGUUUUUGGGUUGUGCAGCUCCGACUGGAAAGGCUUCUAGCCUUAAACAAGUUUCUGCUCACUUUGCUUGUAUUUUUACACUCAUCUGACGUCUUCCAGCCCUGUAGAAUCACACAGACGCCAGUCAAAUCAUAUUUACUCAGUGAUUAUUUUUCUAAUGCUGAUGUGUAUUUUUUUGUAAUGAUGCAGUGAAUUAAAGCGCAGAUUUUGGAUUGGA